AUGGUAUAUGAUCCCAUAAUCUCACAUCUUCCAUCCACUUAGUGCACGACCACAACACUCUUAACAUCUUUUGUUAUAGCUCUAGCACAAUGGCAGCCUCAGCCUCAGCCUCAUCCAUGAUAUCCCUGUCUCCCACCCUCCACAACCACCAAAGCCACAACCUUGUGAAGCCCUCCAACGUGUCCUUUCAGGGCCUAAGACCCCUCACAAGGUCCAAUAUUGCCACCAAAGUAAGCAGCAAGAAAAGGGUCCCUCGUGGUGGUGGUGUUGUGAGAGCUGAGUUGAACUCUGCCCUUGUGAUAAGCCUCAGCACUGGCCUCUCCCUUUUCCUUGGGAGGUUUGUGUUCUUCAACUUCCAAAGGGAGAAUGUGGCAAAACAAGUGCCUGAGCAGAAUGGUCUCACACACUUUGAGGCUGGUGACACACGUGCCAAGGAGUAUGUCAGCCUCCUCAAGUCCAAUGACCCUGUUGGCUUCAACAUAGUUGAUGUCUUGGCUUGGGGCUCCAUUGGCCAUGUUGUUGCUUACUACAUCUUGGCCACCACUAGCAAUGGCUAUGACCCCAAAUUCUUUGGUUGAUCAUCAUCGUCUUCCACUUCUCUCUUGCUAGUUUGUAAUGUCAUCGUCAUGUAUAGUUAAUUUCCCUCUCAGAUCCAACAACUUCAGCAUAUGCUAAUUUGGUUUGCUAUGAUUUAUGGAAAGUGGCACUUUUCUCUCUCUCUCUUGAUUUUGUUUUCCUUUUGUCAUGAAAUAAAUUUUGUGCGUUUCUUA